GCGGCGCAGACGUGCGCGGUCGGCGGUGUGGUCGCCAUCAUGUCGCGGGAGUUCGAGCUGUGUCCCGGGCGCCGUAUCGGCGGGGAUCACCCGUGCUUCAUCAUCGCGGAGAUCGGGCAGAAUCACCAGGGCGACCUGGCCAUCGCCAAGCGCAUGAUCCGCAUGGCCAAGGACUGUGGAGCAGACUGUGCUAAGUUCCAGAAGAGUGAACUGGAGUACAAAUUCAACAAGAAAGCCUUGGAAAGGCCCUAUACUUCUAAACACUCCUGGGGAAAGACCUAUGGGGAGCACAAACGCCACUUGGAGUUUAGUCAUGACCAAUAUAGAGAGCUGAAGAAAUAUGCAGAGGAGGUUGGCAUUUUCUUCACAGCUUCUGGCAUGGAUGAGAUGGCUGUUGAGUUUUUACAUGAACUGGACGUUCCAUUCUUCAAAGUAGGCUCGGGAGAUACAAACAAUUUUCCCUAUUUGGAAAAGACUGCAAAGAAAGGUCGCCCCAUGGUGAUCUCCAGUGGGAUGCAGUCGAUGAACACCAUGCAGCGGGUUUAUGAGAUUGUGAGGCCCAUCAAUCCCAACUUCUGCUUCCUGCAGUGCACCAGCGCCUACCCGCUGCAGCCAGAGGAUGUCAAUCUCCGUGUGAUAUCGGCAUACCAGUCAGCUUUUCCUGACAUCCCCAUCGGUUACUCGGGGCACGAAACUGGCAUAGCCAUUUCAGUGGCAGCUGUGGCCAUGGGUGCUAAGGUAGUGGAACGCCACGUGACUCUAGACAAAACAUGGAAAGGAAGUGACCACCAAGCAUCUCUGGAGCCAAACGAACUGGCAGACUUGGUGAGAGCCAUCCGCACCGUGGAGAAAGCAAUGGGCUCUCCAGUCAAGCAGCUCUUGCCCUGCGAAAUGGCUUGCAAUGAAAAGCUAGGAAAGUCUGUUGUGGCAAAAGUGACGAUUCCUGAAGGUACAGUACUGACAUGUGACAUGAUGACAGUGAAGGUGGGAGAGCCUAAGGGAUUUCCCCCAGAAGCCAUCUUUGACCUGGUGGGAAAGAAGGUUAAAAAACAUAUUGAAGAAGAUGAAACUAUCACCGAGGAAGCAGUGGAAAACCAUGUCAAGAAAGUGAAGUGCUGAACCAAAGCAUUCCGUUCUGUAUUUCAUGGUGCAGUACUGCGCCACUGCACAACCUGUUAAAGCAUAGCAAUGUGGUAGACUAGAAGGGGUGUAAUAAUGGGGAUACAAGCAGGUUAGAAUUUUCAGAUUCUAACUAGCAGGAAGAUUUUGAAGCAAGCAGAUACAAGUUAUGAAGAGCAGUUUUAUUAGAAACCAUAACCCUGUGCCUGGAAUUAUGUGAUGCUCCUCCUUUCUCCAUCCCACUUCACCUAGUUGGGCAUUUUUUAAUAUGUAAGACCAUACAGUCUGUUGCUUUCCAGCUUCCCUUUUCUGUCUGCUCUCUGAAUUGUUCUGACCCCAUACCUUUUAUGUUUCUCCCUUUUCUGCUGUUUUCCUCACAUCAGUAGUUAAACAGGAUGAUAGCUGGGAAUAUCAGUAGUUAAACAGGAUGAUAGCUGGGAGUUGAAUACAGUUAAGUGGAAGCUUACAAACACUGAGCAGAGAACUGCAUAUGCAACCUGAUGGAUAUUUCUCAAGAUAAAAGCCUUACAAGUCUCAAAAAAAACCACCAGGUUGCAGAAAUCUACACUGCUGUAAACGAGAAGGUUUUUUUUUUUCAAGGAACCAAGAAAGCAUGCAAAUUGGAUAGAUAGAAAGGUCUCAUUUAAGGGGCAAGUGAAGAAGCCUUUUUGUGAACUGAAAGAGGGCAAACCAGACAUAAUAAGGAGGAAAAAACAGACCUGAGAUGGGUCAGUGGAAAUAAGCUUAACUUCUCUUUCAAAAAAAAAAAAAAAGUCAAAAGUGUCUAUUGUGGGUCAGGUUAGGCUUGGAAUCUUAAUCCUGCAGUGUUUGGAUACCUCUCUUCAUAUCCAGGAGCAGCUUCUCUGGUAGGAAGCCAUUGGCUGGUCAACAUUGAGCAGCCUCCUUCCUGUACUAAGAAGCAAAUACAUGGGAAUGAGUUUUCCAACUCGAGUACUGUUCAGGAGAGCUGAGGCUGAGUACUUGACUGGAUCACAUAACUGUGCCUCAUAGCUGCUCACUUUUCAAGUUAAGAAACAUCAUCCCACUGCUGUCAGCCUGUAGUUCUCCCCUCCCCUUUGUCCAGGAAGGAGCCAUACAGCAGCAGCUGCAAACCAGGCAUCCCUCAAUUAGCUUGGUAAGCACAGAGCUGCUUUGGUAUGAUUAACCUGCCUUGUUCUGUGGUGGAAUAAUUGGGUGGUGGUGGUUAUCUGGAAUUUGCUUCCUCUUGGUUAUGAGUUGUGAAGUACCUUGAAUUCGUUGGUACUGUUUCUUUACCUGUGAGCUGUUUAUACUUUAAAGAUGUUUACCUUUUUGCAAUUCUGAGGAGACUGUAUUUGUAUCUUUACACUGAGAAACAGAUUCUUUGAAACACAUGCUUGACCAUAUGUGAGCUCUGACUGAUGAAGUAUGCUUGCCUGACAUUAAAGAACUACUCAAGACUUA